AUGGACUGGGCCUGCAGCUGUGGACCGGGCCUGCAGCUGUGGACCGGGUCGCAGCUGUGGACCGGGCCUGCAGCUGUGGACCGGGCCUGCAGCUGUGGACCGGGCCUGCAGCUGUGGACCGGGCCUGCAGCUGUGGACCGGGUCGCAGCUGUGGACCGGGCCUGCAGCUGUGGACCGGGCCUGCAGCUGUGGACCGGGCCUGCAGCCGUGGACCGGGUCGCAGCUGUGGACCGGGCCUGCAGCCGUGGACCGGGUCGCAGCUGUGGACCGGGCCUGCAGCUGUGGACGGGGCCUGCAGCUGUGGACCGGACCUGCAGCUGUGGACCAUCCUGGACACUACUGUUAUCAGCAGGUGCUCUGAGCUAA